CAAGGAAGGCAGGAGGUCUUCAGGACAAGCAGAUGCCCGUGACUUGGGAAACCCAGGAUCAUUUUGACCAAAGCAUGGAGCCUGUGCCAGAGCUACCAAAAGCAUUGGAAGAGAAAGCGGACUCCCCAGAUGAGCAUGGAAGCCAGGAUCCCACCCUUCCCAAGGGAGGCCAUGGGGCAGCGGUCAGAGAGCGUAGCACAGAGCCUCCGGGCCAGCAGCAGCUCUCCUUCCGAAGGGAGACCCUGGACCGGCAGGUCUCUGACUACAUGGAGGUGGCUCUUUUCCUGAGUCCAGAAGAACAGCAGAGGAGAUGGCUUCCCAUCCUGGCCGCUUUUCUGAAGGCCUGGGAGCAGUCAGAUGGCAGCAUCUAUUUUCCAAAUAUCCAGCUUUUAGCAAGCGAAACUUCCAGUUUUCUGGUGAAAGAAAUCAAGAUGAAAAUGAAUGGAAAUCCAGCAGAAGACGCUCGGCUGCUUGUGUGGCAAUUUCUGCAGUGGAAGGGAGAGCUGGAUUCUGCCGGUUACCUGCUGCUAAAGUCAAUCUACUCACUUUCACUCUACACCUCGGAACAGGAACUCCGGUGGAAUAUAAUCAAGUCUGGGCUGCCUGUGACGCUGCUGCAGUGCCUGCACCUCUUCUUCGUCUCUGCCGGUCUGGAAGUGGCUCCUUGGGACAGGCGAGAGGAGGAAGAAGGGGAGGAGGAGGAGGAGCAGGCCCCGCGGGAGACCCAGGAAAUGCUGGUGCAGACAAUGGUCAAUAUCUAUGCAGAAAAGCAAGGAGUGGAGAUGCUUCUCAUGUCUAGUCAUCUUAAAUCUUUGAUCAUAGCAAGAUCCUCCCGCUGGGAUCAAGGCAGCCCCGCUUGGAAGCAGCCUGCAAGCCGAGUGCUACGGGCGAUUUCAGAGGCCCUUUCCGAGACCACCAUUUCAUACCUGCAAGCUACAGAUUGCAUCAAAACUUCCAUUCACAAUUUGUCAGAGCUUGAUGAUUCCUCGCCUACUUGGGAAGUAUGUGAAUCCAUCAAUAUUAUCCUGCAUUUUGUGAGGAAUUCCUACCCGAUUUCCCCAGCCUUGCUUUUGGAGUUUGAGAACAAUGGUGGGCACCAGCUGCUGUUGAAAUUUUUUUUAAGAUACAAAGGGCCACUGGACAAAAAAGAAAAUGCCAGCAUCAAAGAAACACUGGACUUAGUGACACAAUUGGCACUUUGUGGGGAAACUGAGCUGAGUGUUUCAUGCAAUAUAGUGUAUCCACAACUGCCACAGUUUAAUGACAAACUGCCACAACUUAAUGAGAAACUGCCCCUUUCUUCUGGAAAAAGAAUAAGGAACCUGAAGGCUUUCCAAGUACUAGAACUGCUUUUCCAGAAAUCCAGCAACCCGAAUCUCUGCCAGUACAUUCUGCUUGUCCUGAAAUCCCUCUGGACGUGGGACCCCAUGAAUUUCUUCCUGCUGGAGUGGUCUCUGCAGCCCAUCUGCCAGUUUGUGGGGGUCAUCCCCCUCAAGCCCUUCCGGGUCCAGGCCCAGUUCUUCCAGCUGGUGGAGUCCGUGGUGAAGGACCUGUCUUAUCUCCCCCACGAGAUCUUGAAGAAGAUCCAGUGCCUGAUCAAUGAAAACGCCCGUCCCUCGUGCACCUCGCUUGCCUUGGGCUGCCUCCACAGCAUCACGCAGAGGGAGCCCCUCUUGACAGACAUCUUCAGGGACUCCGGACUUUUGGGAAUGCUGCUUGUUCAGUUGCGCAAAGAAGCCAAAAGACUGAUAAAGAAAGGAAGCACUCAAGCGAGCCCUCAGGUGUCGGAAGGGGAGGAUCUCCUCAAAUGGACUCUGAAGAUGGCAGCCGCUCUGGUGGUGGGAUCCGUCAGGAACACAGUGAUUCUCAGGGACUACGGCAUGGUGCCCUACAUCAAGAUCUAUGUGGAUAGUGAGGUGUACCGAAGUGAGGCCGUGAACAUCCUGGAGCAGGUGUCCAUCGUCAACCCUGAGGAGUACAUGAGCUCCGUUGUUGGGGCUCUCUGCUCCUCUACUCAGGGUGAACUACACUUCAAGCUGGAUCUACUUAAAUCUCUGCUGAAGACCCUGGUGAACCCCAAGGGUCGCUCCGCCUUCAGAACCAGCAGUGGCUUCAACGGGCUGUUUUCCCUCCUGGCUGACAUGGAAGGUUCCCUGCAGGACCCGCCUUCGGGCGCCUGGGCCUCCUUCGGUCAGAGCCACAUACUAGGACUGAUCCUGCGCAUUCUCCAGGCAAUGGCAGCCGCUCUGUACCUGGACUCUGCCAAUAAGGGCUUCUUCCAGGAGAACCGUCUCUUUGAGAGGAUGGCGGAGGACCUCGGCACGCUUGGCUGCUUUUCAGCACAAAGGUGGGGACAAAUUCCUACGCAGAUCAACAAACCACGAUCCUUUGUUGAGCUUUCAAAUACAGCUGCUUGCUCACCUGAGCUUUUCCCAACUCGGCUAAAAAGCUGCACCAGGAUAUUCAGCUUCCUUGAUUCCAUGGCCAGGAUGAACCCCUUCGCCCUCAAGAGCUGCUUGGAGGAAACAGAUCCUCCUCCCACAUUGGGCAUUCGGAAUGGGACAGAAAAUCAGCAAGAAGAUUCUCCAGGGAAUCUUUGGGACCAUAGAAAGUCUAACGAAGUAGCUGCCGUCCAGCUGCCAGAACCCCAGAACAGGCCACAAAGUGAGGACCCAGUGAUUGUGUGUCCCGGAGCCCUGUGUGUCAUGGUGACACUGAUUGGCAAACUCUACAAUGAAGCUUACCCUGAGUUGUCCCUGGAAAUCCAAUUCGCGGUGGCUGACCAUAUUCAAUCCUUGAUGGGCCUGGAGAAGAACCGCCAAGUGGCUUGUACAGCUGGCCUGCUGGGCUGCCUCGUCAGCUCCUGCCCAGAAGUUCUGCAUGAUGCAAGCAGCCCCCUCCACGCGCCUCUGAUCCGGCUCUUUGAGAAGCUGGCCUCCCAGUCCAUCCGGCCCGAGGCCUUAAGACAAUUCCUGUGCCCACGGAUGAUGCCCCUUCCCGUUGCUACCCCACCCCUCCUAAGCCUCCCUCUGGCAUCCCUCAGUGACGGAGAGGAACUGGACAGAGUCCAGAAGAUGGUGGAUCUGCAGUCCAAAUCCUGUGAGAAACAGCUAAAAGGUUCUGGAACAGCUGCACGGAAUGACAGCACAAAGCAAACUCUGUUGGGCUCUGAUCCCCCCGAAUGCUCUGCAAUGGCUCUCCAAACGGCCAUGAGCCUCAUUUCCUUGACAACCCCGCGCAGCCUCCAUCUGCACAGCGCCUGCCUGGCCCCUUCCUUUGUGGAGUUCGACAUGUCUCUCGAUGGAUACGGGUAA